UUGGGACUUUAUUUUAGCACUGCAAUUUAAAGAGGAAGAAAAAUAAAUUAAAUAAGUGUUCUUUACAGAAAUAAUAAUUAUAUUUAAUGAUUUAGCUUGAUCAUUCUCCUCUUAUAAAUUAACUUCAUGUUUAAAAUCAGGUCCAUAUAAUUUUUUCCUAAAAUAAAUUUAGCUCUGGGAUUGAGUAACAACACAUAUCGCAGGUCAAAAUUUGAGAGUUCAUACAGAUCCAGUAUAGCAUAAACUGGCCCGACCAUAGGUCACGCUGAGUAGGUCCAUCUCAUACUGAUGGCUGCUGGUUCUAUUACUCAGGGAGAGUUCUCGCGAAUAGUUGAAACUUUUGUCGAUAUAUCAAACAAAAUCGAUGACAAAUGGCACAUGGAAAGCGGGAUCAAUAAUACAGUUUUCAUGCACAAGAAAUGCAAUGUAAUUUCACCAUCAGAUGCUUCUGGAUCUAGCGAAAUAUCAAAUCCCCCAAAAAAUGUUCCUUUAGAAAGACUGACUAAAUGCUCAGCAUCUGAUCCUCAUGAACAAAACAUGGAAACACUUGUUGAAAUGGAAAUUGCAGAUGAGCAGUCAGAUAGCAGCUGCAUGCCAUUGCACAGGGAAAAUGAGACCUACACAUAUGAGUAUCAUGUGCUGUACAGUGAGAGUUAUCAAGUUCCUGUAUUGUAUUUUAAUGUUUUCAAGAAAGAUGGUAAAUUGUUGUCACUAGAAGAUGUAUGGAAACUUUGUCCAGUCAGUUAUCAGAAAUAUAUGAAUGAAAACAAAUGGGCCACACUGUCACAACAAGAGCAUCCACUCCUGGGACGACCAUAUUUCCAACUUCAUCCCUGCCACACUUCUGACCUGAUGUCACAAAUCAUGACCAACACAAAAACCUAUAAUAUAAAAAACUAUUUAGCUACAUGGCUGAGCACAGUUGGGCCAUUAGUUGGUCUUAGUAUAUCCCCGGCAUAUAUUACUGAUGUUUGAUACGUUUUACAUUAAUUUUGUCCAAUGACUUUUAUAACCAUAUACAAAAGCUUUAAAAUAAAAGU